UCUAGGGUAAGCUAAAACCCUCUUUUUAUACUUCAACCCAAUCAUUCAUCCUCCUUCUCGCCAUCGUCGUGGAAAUCAGCCUCAGAGAAGGGAACAAAGAUGGUUCAGAGGCUUACCUACCGCAGGCGUCAUAGCUAUGCCACCAAAUCCAACCAACAUAGGGUUGUCAAAACCCCCGGUGGAAAGCUUGUUUACCAGACAACUAAGAAGAGGGCCAGUGGACCAAAAUGCCCUGUUACUGGAAAGAGGAUUCAAGGGAUUCCACAUUUACGACCCACAGAGUACAAGAGAUCAAGGCUAUCUAGAAACAGGAGGACUGUGAACCGUGCUUAUGGUGGAGUUUUAUCUGGAGGUGCUGUCAGAGAAAGAAUCAUUCGAGCUUUCUUGGUUGAAGAGCAGAAGAUUGUGAAAAAGGUCUUGAAGAUCCAAAAGACAAAGGAGAAACAAGCUUCAAAGGCUUAAGUUUCAAGAAAAGAGAUAAAGAUCUUUUUGGAGGGAUUUUAGGUUUGAGUCAUUAUAGUAAAAAACAAAUUUAUUAGAACUGUUGUUCCCUUAUUAAUUUUGUGCUCAUUUGGUUUCUUUGAACUCAUUUUAGUGCAACUGUUAGCCUAUUAUGAUACAGUUUUGUUCGGUUUAUUGAUAUUUUCAUGUUUUCUUAUGAAUAUAUGAAUUUUCAUGUUUUCCUCUGAAUAUAUGCUCAUACUUAUAAUAUUUGAAGUUA